CACUUCGAAUUUAAACAACAUCUUGCAUCGAAGCAGCACUCUAUCCCGCUGGUAGCAAGGCCUGCUGAGGAGGACGACGGUGGUGCACCAGCUCCAAAGCAACAGCGUCUGAGUUGUGGCUCAGUACCCCCUCUGCCAGUGAGAUUAAGAAGGUUGUCGCCGGUCAUGUGGUUGAGGAGAUGCUUCCAAUUUCAACUGUGGAGUCUCCAUCCAUCCGUAAAUGAAUAAGUAAAAUCCCAACGACACGUAAGCCAGAGGGAACAGUGCCGGACCGAAGAGUAGGCUACAUGACUUAACAGGAGUGAACCAGAGCUUUGAGGCAGACCCUGCAGCCAAAGGAUGAGGAGAAUGAGAAAGCAGUGAGUUCGGCCUCUGAACGAUCCAUCAUCAAAGGCUUCAAACGCUGCAGACCCAAGGAAAAGAGGGAGAUUAAUGACGCCAUAAAUGGAGAGGAGUCUGAACCCCCGUGUGCUGUUCGUGCUUCUCGCUCUGCUUCCUGUCAGCAGAGCGGAAAAGUGUUCGAGUGUCCCGGAUAAAAAUCUAAGCUGCUCCAGUGACUACAACGAUACAAUCACGUGUGUGUGGAACCGCACGUCCGAUCUUUCAGACAGCGUGUGCACGAUAAGUGCCCACAGUCAUUUUAGACCUACAGGUAAAUAUGCCAAUAGAUCCUGCACGCUGAAGCCUGUUGAAGGCAGACCAACGCAAAUGAUGUGUGACAUGCACUUCGGUAGAAACGAUAAUUUUCAAAGUACCUCUAAGUUCUCCAUGAAACUGAUCUGUGAGCCUGGUCAGGAGAGUGUGUCCAUGGUCUUCAUGCCAGCGUGUCACAUAAAACUGAAGCCUCCACAACAACCUCGUAUCAAUAUCACCACCAUUUCCUGGCACCCCGGAGUUCAAAAGAUUAAGAACACACUGUAUUACUACCAGCUGCAGUGGAAACAAGAGGACCAGUCGUGGAGUGAUCCGUCAGUGCAGGAACACACAAAGGUUGCUCCCUAUAGGUGGAAACAAUCAGGGUCAGCUGAAAAACUGGAACCUGAUUGGCUGAUUCGAGGCGAGAGGUACGAGGCACGCGUUCAAGUGAAGAUUUCCGAUGAACAAUACUACAGGUCAACCUGGAGUGACUGGAGCCCCACUGCAUCAUGGGUAUCCACCGUCGGAGCAAUGAAACAACCCCAAUCAUCAGAUCUUACUUUGCGUGUUUCGAGCCUUGUUGCCGUUAUAGCAGCGGUGGUCGUGUUUCUGAUCCUCGUACGAUUUAAGACUGACAAAACCACCUGGGUUUACAUCGUGAAGAAGAUCACAGGUCCGCCUCUCCCCAACCCGAAAGACUCCUUCCUGCAGAAUGCAAACUUCCAGAGUUGGUUGACUCCUCACUUCUUCGCUGAAUCCUUCCACUCCCUCUUCGGAGCGGGGGAGAUGGUCUCGGUGGAUAUCGUCUCCUCUGUGGACGCCGUGGUGCCGUGCAGCCAGGAGGUGGCGCUGCUGCACAAAAUAAGAAGUGAAGUCAUCCACGCGACCACCAGCUCCAGCUUCGCCGACCACAGCUACUCCAAUCUCCUUGUCCAUCCUCCUACCAUCUCCUCCCUCACUGCAGGGAACCUCCUUCCAUGCGUCGCCGAUGCUCCUUACGGGCCGGUGGGGGGUCAGAGUGAAAGGGAACAUGAUGAAGACAGAGGGAAGGAGGAGGACAUCCAUCAGUUGCUCUCUAAAGGGAGCAGCAGCAGGGCUGUGCUCUUGGUUUCAGACUAUGAGAAGGUAGAGGAGAUGCAGGGGGAGAGAGGGAGGCUGCAGAGCUUAGAUUCAGGUGUUGGCAGCGGGGAGGAAGAGGUGAGUCAGGAGAGCCUGGAGGCCGACAGUAUUACUGUGGAGGAGGAGAGGGAGGAGGGGAGAGUCAAUUUCCACAAGUCGUUUGGAGGCGGGGGAGGCAUGCAGGUGGACUCUGAUUAUAAGAAGGUGCACCCGGUGGAGGAGGAGGAUGAGUCCACAGACCUCCUGCUGCCUCCUCCUCCCUCCUGCUCCUCUCCCUCACUCCCCCCUCUGAGCUUCUCUAAGGGUUUGAGUCUGGCUCUGAAACCUGAUCUCCUGGAGACAAUGGCUCUGGUGUCCAGCAGCAGCAGGUCAGUGAAGCCCUCUGGUGACGGAUACAUGGCGGUACGACAGGAACAGAGCUGAAAUCAAACAAAUGAUUGGAUUACAUUUUCCUCAUUUUCUGAAGACAAGAUCUAAACAUGUUUCCGUUUUUUUUAAACCCCGAAAUAUCAAAAAUCUGAAAAACCAAAAAAACAUUUUAAUCAGAUUUCUCUUUUUUAGGAAUUCUGAAUUCUUAUCAUCGUUGUGUUUUCAAAUGUUUUUAGUUUUCCAGAAAAUCUCAGAAUUACUUAUUUAUUGUUAAAUGUUUAAAUUAUUACCUUCGGUCACAUCCCAGAACAUGUUUGUGAGCUGGCUCUAAUCCUCUUCCCUACACCAGCGAUGGAUUAAGAGGCAUUAAUGCAAAAGACUCCGAAACAUUUUCCCAUUGCCUUUCUUUGUUGGUGUUUUGUUUGUUUUGGUUUUUCUGUUUUACAUUCAAAUGUUCGCUUUUAACAUUUUGACCCAGGAUUGAACCCAGUCUGAACCACUCAGAAAUAAUGACCUUCAUCCAAUAUAGUUUUUGUUACAUCAUAGCUAACUUAUUAUGCGUUCAUAACCGUUCAAUCCUGGUGGAAUUGUAUUCAGUGCCUUAAGAAUAUAAAUACUGCGUCCCAGUGUGCAGUACGAUUGGGACUGGACGUGGAUACCCUGUACACCACUGCACUUUGUAUGCUGCUGCUAGAUGGCCAUCUUUGUAUGCACGCAGACUUUCCCACUGGUUGGGUUUUAUAUAUGAAUCUCUGCUUGAGCUCGUUCCCUCUUAUCUGUGCACAGUGUGUACGGCCUGCGCUCCCAAGGUAUUAUACAGAUGUUGGUUCUCAAAGUGAGAACACAGCUGGGGAAAAGAGCUUUUCACUAUGCUGCCUGGCAUAAUGUACAGAAGGACCUAAAGGAGCGAGAACAAACACUCUCGGUCGAUGUGAAUGCUCUCGUAUCCCCUACUUGAAGUGGUUUUAAUUUUGUUAUUGAGGUUUAUAUCUUUCAUCGGCACUCCGGAUAAAGGAUGUCUCAGCUGUAUUCGCCCGCCUGUAUUGUUAGUGUUGUAGUAUUGUGGUUGCUGCCCUCUUGGCCAGGUCACUCCAUAUCUCAAUGAGAGUUUCUACCUGGAUAAUAUGUAUAUUUAAUUUUGAAGGAGGUUUUGGGCACUGGGCCUGUUAUUAUAAAGUGGACACAGCUGGUGGUGGGAUGGGCGCACCAGAUUGAGCAUGCGGUUUUUUCCCGGGAGAAAAAGCAGUUCACACUGAGCCGUUAAAAGAAAUGUCUUUAUUCUGUCCUUUAAUCAUUUGGUGUUUUUGUGGUAAUAUUGUAAAACAUAUAGAGUAAUAUUCAGUGUGUUUACCGAUGUAUGGCAGCUGUUUUACAAAGUACUGACCGUAAAGAGGAUUUGUUGUUUGAGUAACAUCUUGUAUUGUUUUAUAAUUCAUGAUCAUGACAAUUGCUCUCAAAGCUGCAGCUAUUUCCAUUCAUGUGGUUGCUUUCUCUGAACCUUGGCACUCACAUAUAUUUUGAAGAAGUGUUGAAUACAAUAAACGAGAAAGAAACAUUU